AUGUGUGAUAUAAGGUGUAAUCUAGACGAGUGCCCGCACGCCGACUGCUCGGCCAAAUUUCGCGCCAAGGUGUGGACGAGCGCGAAGCAAUCCAUCACCCGUCACCUCCGUGAGUUACACGCAGAGGCGGAGGAUACGUCGGUGCGAUGCGUCGGGUGCGGGAUCGUUCUCGGCGUCCGGCCCGGGGCACACAAAUGCCAGGUCCCGAUUGAGGACGCUGCGGACACAGCGGACCGCUUCACGUGCACGGUGGCCGGCUGCCCCGAGUCUUUCCCCAGUAAGCAGGGACUGACCAACCAUCUGCGCAACCACCGCCGUAUCGACGCACUGGCCGCGGCCGCCGUGCCGCUCCCGGUCCCGGCGACGCGUCAACGGUUGCGCUCGGACCGAAACCCCCGCCCGGCGCGCGGAGGAGACGCUCGCGUUCCGGAGGCAGUGGACGUGCCAAGGACACCGGCUGGUACCAGACCGCCGGCAACAGGCGGUACGUCCCCACUGCCACCCACAACCAGUACUGAACCAAGGAUACCGGCUGGUAACAUACCGCCGGACACAGGCGGUUCAGUAUCGACAGCGGGCGCCGCGUCAGGAGGUGCGCCAAGGACACCGGCUGGUGACAGACCGCCGGACACAGGCGGCGCACCCCUGUCACCGCUUCCCACGCUCUUGCCCGCCAGCACGAGGCGUGCGACACCGGUGAGGCCGCGCGGGGUCGGUGACAGACUGUCACUCCCGCUGCCGUCUCUACCUCCGCCACGUCGCGAAUCGCCCAGGAACGAGGGCUACAAUGUUGUGAUUGCGAGCCCGGAGCUGUGGCGGCCGCGUAUUCCUCCACCGACCUCGGAUAGCGGCUCUGACUCGAGUGGGCUGGCCCCGGAGGACGAUGACCUGUUGGACGUCCCCGUGCCCGAGCCCGACGCGGCCGCCGAGGUCCCCGACGAUGGCGAUCACAUUCUGCAGCCCGACGACACCACACCCCUGCACGCGUUCCGCGAACGCUUCGCGGACUUUUCCAGAGGUCCGUGCACGGAGGAGGUGUGGUCGCGGUUCGUCGCCCUCGUCGACGAGAUGACCGCCGAGGCCGCGGUCAUCGUUAAACUGCCCGUCAGACCGGAGGGCAGGUCAUCGGGCAACAGGACUGCGAUCGACCCGACAGACGCCAAGGGAAUCCAGUCGCUGUAUAGGCGUAACAGGCGACGUGCUGUCCGGCUGAUCCUGUCGGGUGAGGGGCAGUCGUGCGAGGUCCCCGUUCCGGCCGUUGAGGAACAUUUUCAGAGGACCUGGGCACCCUCAGCAUGCGACCCCAGCAUCUAUGCGAGGGUGGACGGCCGUGACCCGGUACCGAUGGGCCCGUUCCAGUAUGCCGAUGUUUCAAAGCGUCUCGGCAAGUUCGAAAACACGGCACCUGGGGACGACGGGCUCACGUACCGGCACUGGAAGCGGCUGGACCCAGAGUGCACGGUCCUCACGGGGAUCCUCAACACAUGCCUCAGGUUCAAACGAGUGCCCCCAGCGUGGAAGAAAGCCGUCACAAUCCUGAUCUACAAGAAGGGGGCGAAGGAGGAUUUAACCAACUGGCGGCCGAUCUCGCUGAGCCGCACGCUGUACAAGCUCUACGUGGGAUGUGUCGCCGGACGGCUGACGGAGUGGCUGGUGGCCAACAACGUCCUGAGCCCGUGCCAGAAGGGGUUUCUCCCGGCGGAUGGCGCAUUUGAGCACGUCCACACCCUCAAUCGUGUACUCGAGAAGGCCAGGACACACGCGGCGGACAAGUGCGUGGCCUGGCUGGACGUGUCAAAUGCGUUCGGGGCGAUACCACACCCCGCGCUCGAGGCAGCGAUCCAGGCCAGUGGAGCUGGAGAGGAUCUCCUUCUGGCAGUGCGGGACAUCUACUCCGGGGCCACGUCCUCAGUCAGUGUGGCCGGUGGGAUGACGGGCGACAUCCCGGUGCGCUCGGGCAUUAAGCAGGGGUGCCCGCUUAGUGGCCUACUCUUUAUCAUGGCCAUAGACCCGGUGGUGGCACGCCUGCAAGGCGCGUCGGCCGAUCAUCGGGUACUGGCGUUCGCGGACGACCUGUGCUUGAUCGCCGACAGCCCGGGAGACCUCCAGUCGGCCAUCGACGCCGCGCGCGUCGGACUCGGUAUGAUCGGCCUCAAACUCAAUGCCAACAAGUGUGCCUCCCUGCACCUGUCCGGUAAGCGGCCCGUCGGUGUUCGGGACACCCAAUUCCGGCUACUCGACUCCCCGCUUCGCCCGCUGGUCGAGGGCGAGGCGGCCACCUUUCUCGGAGCGCAGGUUGGGUUCAACAUCGUGCCGCCCCUCUCCACACUCGCCGAGAUAACGGAAAUCGGCCUCAAAAUAUCCCGCAGCAAGCUGGCCCCUUGGCAGCGCAUUGACGCCCUUAAAACGUUUUUUUACCCGUCCACAGUCCACCUCCAGAGGAUGGGGACGUUUCCUAAAGGUGACUGGGCGAGGGUGGACAAGAAAUCUUACAACGUCCUGAGCCCGUGCCAGAAGGGGUUUCUCCCGGCGGAUGGCGCAUUUGAGCACGUCCACACCCUCAAUCGUGUACUCGAGAAGGCCAGGACACACGCGGUGGACAAGUGCGUGGCCUGGCUGGACGUGUCGAAUGCGUUCGGGGCGAUACCACACCCCGCGCUCGAGGCAGCGAUCCAGGCCAGUGGAGCCGGAGAAGAUCUCCUUCUGGCAGUGCGGGACAUCUACUCCGGGGCCACGUCCUCAGUCAGUGUGGCCGGUGGGAUGACGGGCGACAUCCCGGUGCGCUCGGGCAUUAAGCAGGGGUGCCCGCUUAGUGGCCUACUCUUCAUCAUGGCCAUAGACCCGGUGGUGGCACGCCUGCAGGGCGCGUCGGCUGAUCAUCGGGUACUGGCGUUCGCGGACGACCUGUGUUUGGUUGAGGUUCUUGAGGUUCGCCGAUUGGCGUUUUGUCCAUCGCACUAG